CCUCUCCCUCCCUCUCUCUGUCUCUCUCUCUCUCUCUCUCUCCCUCAGACUCUCUUUCUUCCUUUUUUUUCUGUCUGCCACUAGCCUACCUGAGGGGAAGUGCACAAAGCCAAUAAGAAAAUCUGGCGUGUCGGCGGGGCCUGUGCGCGCGCUAUGCUGCGGUAAAAGGCCGCCGUUUGCGGUGUUUACAGGGGAUGUAGAGAGGGGGACGGAGGCACCGCUCUCCCCCGACGGACCGCGCCGUGUCUGCUCUGCUCUGCCCAGCCCGCUGCAUCGCUGAGCGGCCCGCGAAGCACACAAGAUGUCGACCAGAACGCCAUUGCCCACCGUGAACGAGCGUGACACCGAGAACCACUCGUCGGUGGACGGCUUUGUUGAACCCCCAGUCCCUCCGACAAAGUCUGCGAGUCGCCACAGUCUGCCGCGAUGCCGCAACUCUUUCACCCUUUCAACCACGGACGAGCAACCCCAUAUUGGCAAUUACCGCCUCCUCAAGACCAUUGGGAAGGGGAACUUCGCCAAGGUGAAGCUGGCACGACAUGUCCUGACUGGACGAGAGGUGGCGGUGAAGAUUAUAGACAAAACCCAGCUGAAUCCCACCAGUCUACAGAAGCUCUUCAGGGAAGUCCGAAUAAUGAAGCUACUGAAUCAUCCAAAUAUAGUGAAACUGUUUGAGGUGAUUGAGACAGAGAAGACACUUUAUUUGGUGAUGGAGUAUGCCAGUGGUGGAGAAGUAUUUGAUUAUCUAGUGGCUCAUGGCAGAAUGAAGGAGAAGGAGGCCAGGGCCAAGUUCAGACAGAUUGUGUCUGCAGUGCAGUAUUGUCACCAGAGGAGGAUAGUACAUCGGGAUCUAAAGGCGGAGAACCUGUUGUUAGACGCUGAUAUGAACAUCAAGAUAGCCGACUUUGGCUUCAGUAAUGAGUUCACUGUGGGAAGCAAGCUGGACACCUUCUGUGGCUCCCCGCCGUACGCUGCUCCGGAGCUCUUCCAGGGAAAGAAGUACGAUGGGCCAGAAGUGGAUGUCUGGAGCCUCGGGGUCAUUCUCUACACACUGGUUAGCGGAUCACUGCCCUUUGACGGACAAAACCUAAAGGAGCUGAGGGAGAGGGUCCUGCGGGGGAAGUACCGUAUUCCUUUCUACAUGUCCACAGACUGUGAAAACCUGCUGAAGAAACUACUUGUGCUCAACCCAGUCAAACGAGGCAGUUUGGAGCAAAUCAUGAAAGACCAUUGGAUGAAUGUGGGUCACGAGGAGGAGGAGCUAAAACCUUACAUUGAGCCAGAGGCGGACUUCAGUGAUUCAUCCAGAAUAGAGCUCAUGGUGACAAUGGGCUUCCCUAAAGAUGAGAUCACAGACUCUCUACAAGCCCAGAAGUACGAUGAUGUCAUGGCCACCUACCUGCUGCUGGGCAGAAAAGCUCCAGAGUUCGAGGGGAGCGAGCCCCUGACUAACAGCGUCCUGGGGCAGCGCCAGCGACCGACCAGUGACAUCAACAACAGCUCCAGCAUUUCUCCCGCCCAUCCCAAGGUCACGCGCAGCAUCUCGGCCAAUCAGAAGCAGCGCCGCUACAGUGAUCAUGGUGGGGAUGAUGAUGGUGGUGGUGGUGGUGGUGGUGUCGUAGAGAAGCCAAUGGGUCCGUCUGUGCCCCCGGCGGUGUCGUAUACGAAGCGUGGCCAGGCCCUGAGUGUGGAAAGUGACCACAGGGAGGAGUGGGACGGAGCACGCCGGCUGGAGCUCAGCACCUCGAAAGGAGACGUUCCCGCUUCACCACUGGGGGUGCAGGAGAGGAAGAAAACUACAAGUGCUGUGGGGACUAAUGGAUCAAUGACUCGUAGGAACACAUAUGUGUGUGAACGAUCCUCUACUGACCGCUAUCCAGCUAUUCCCAAUGGCAAAGACAGCAGUUUAACCGAGGUGUCAGGUAGCACCCCAUCGACUGCGAUCAGCUCCACACGACCUCGUCACACCAAGUCCAUGUCAUCGUCAGGGCAUCCUUCAAAAAGCACACUGCCCCCCAUCGAUGACAACACAGAGCUUAAAGCCAGCUCUUCUCCUCGGGGUCCCUCCACCUCUCCGUCCGCACACAGUAUUAGCACCCCAGAGAAGAACCGCUUCCCCCGCGGCACCACCAGUCGCAGCACCUUCCACGGAGCUCAGCUCAGAGACCGGCGCAGUGCUACCUACAACGGCCCCCCGGCUUCACCAACGCUGUCCCAUGAUACAGGAGCUCUCGCUCAGCAACGCAGGGGCACCUCCACCGGGAUCAUUAGCAAGAUCACCUCAAAGUUUGUCCGCAGGGUGCCUAGUGAAGGAGAGGCCAGUGCCAGGACAGAAACACCAAGAAGUGCGUCAGGUGACACUAAGGAGGAAGGCAGCCGAGACUCCAAGCCCCGCUCGCUGCGUUUCACCUGGAGCAUGAAGACCACCUCCUCCAUGGAGCCCGCCGAGAUGAUGAGGGAGAUCCGAAAGGUUCUGGAUGCCAACAGCUGCGAUUACGAGCAGCGCGAACGCUUCCUGCUCUUCUGUGUCCACGGCGACGCUCGCCAGGACAACCUGGUCCAGUGGGAGAUGGAAGUGUGCAAGCUGCCCCGCCUUUCGCUCAACGGCGUGCGCUUCAAGAGGAUAUCGGGCACGUCCAUCGCCUUUAAGAAUAUCGCCUGCAAAAUUGCCAAUGAGCUCAAACUGUGACAGCAGAUGGAGUCCCAGUCAGUCUUUGGUGAGCUCUGGUUACGGUCUCAUCUCAUCACUGGAUUAGUGUUGACAUACAGGACAAAAAUUCAGCACUGAAGAUCCUCGCCGCUCAGAAUCAGGGUGGACUUGGCUGGUAACGUGCAAUACUGGCCACGAAUGUACUGUACAGGGUAGUGGAUCAGAGCGAUAUCGCAAGGUUUUAACCUCUGUGAUGGAGAGAUAGCAAAAACAGCUAAACCCAACCCCACCCCUUUUUUUUUUCUCUCUUCCGUCCGGCCCUUUGUCUCUCUCAUCAGCCCGCUGCUCCUCGUCAUAGGACACAUUCAUGUAACACAUGCAGUAUGCAACUGAAGAUGACCAUCCUGCAAUAAUGUUUUCAAUCUCUUUUUCUAAAACGCCUACUUCAAGAUCUACUCUUCUCGCUGAAUAACCAUUAAAAUUACUGAA